ACCGCGAUAGCAGGAUGUGGCCUUGGAAGGAGUCAAGCAUAUACAGCGUCGCCUUGGGCUAAGCGAAGGCAGAGGCGUGAGGUGGUACAGGCAGUCUUGACGUUUGUAGGCGACACUGACCUCCUCAGCCAAUGAUAGCGGCAGCGGGAGCCAUCUAUGGCGCGGAGCAACUUCCGGCGCUUGUCUUGCAGAGCAAAGUCCGCCCGUAGUAUUUUCACAACAAAUGUUGGUUCAUAGGAUGAGCAACGUACGGAACCGCGCUUCAGCAGCACGCAACCAAAGCGGCGGGUGGUGCUCGCACGCAUGUCACUCUCGCUCGCCUACCGCGCUCGCAUAUACAGCGACGUGCGUUAAGCCGACCGCACCAGCGCUUACAAGCCGGCAUCCUUCUCUACCGCUGCCGAUCGCGUCAAAGACGCCCGCUGACGCAGCGUCCAGGACCGCGGACUUCCGAAAGCCUCAACGUGCGCACUCGGGCGAGCGUCAAGACGACCUCCGAAGCGGAUGCGCCUAAGCGGCGCACACACCCACGCGGCGAUGUUGCGUCGGCACCGGCGGCGUGCAGCGCGAAGGAGAUAUAAACGAGAAGCGGAAUCGUGAACCAACAUCCCGACGCCUGUGAAGUGUGCAAGGAGAAGCACGCCCGACGACGACAUGAGCCAACGCGUGGAGCACCUCAACGCAGCCACCGCGCUGCUGCUGCUUUUGGCACAGCUCGCCAGCCAUUGGACGCCCGUCCUGUCGCAGGGAAUACUGUCUGAUGAAGAAGCGGCUUAUUUGGCACCUUCGUCCAAGUAUCGGCAGCCGCGAGACCCUCUGGUGGAGUUGCUGCGGGAGCAACUGCCCUCGACCCGGACCAUCACCGGCAGCGGUGGUCUCUUCUCCAUCAACGAGACUGUGCGCGGCACGGCGUACACGGGUCACGUGUCCGUCCAGAAGGGACACCUCCACGGCCUCGCAGCCGUCUCGAGGUCGGCGAAGAGUUGCGGCCACCGCAAGUUGCAGCUGCUGUGGCCCCGCGUGACGGCCACGUUCAAGUUCAAGGCUUCUGUGAACGGCGUCCGCGUGCUCGGUGUGGCCACGGUGUAUCUGUUGCCGGCCACGUCGCAGGUGCCACUGGACGUCGACGGCAUGCCCGCGGGCUCAUACCGCGUGGACGCUGUCAAGGCGUCGUCAUUCAGCCUGUCCUCGCUCAAGGGUUUCACACGCCUCGUGGGUCACAUGUCCAGGCGGCUGACGUACGCGAGCCAAGCCGCGCUGCGCUCUUUUCUCACCGGCGAAGGGCGCAAGGUGCUCGACGCGACUCUGCGCAGACUGUACAACGAGGCGACACCUGGCACCGCGUUGGUGUGCUGAGCGGGAGAGUGAACGAAGUACUUGAGCACUAUGCAUAUAUAGGCGCGCAGCUAGGCUAUGCUGUGAAAAGGCGGCGUAGGAAAGUUCCUCGAUCGCCACGCACUCAGUGUCGUUUCUGCCGAUCGAUGAAAGAAACGAAGAGUUGUGGUCGUCGUCGCACAAGCUUUAGCGGCUUUAGCUUAAGCUGCAAGCGAGCGGCCGCUGGCGGCAGCACAAUGCGUGACAGACUGUCUUGUCAAACAUGUUGCACACUGCAGGACUGAGGACAGCCUUUUCAGGCAGCAGAUGGACUAUUUUUUUUAGUUUUUUUUUUUUUGGCAGGGAAAGGGGUAUAAGCUGCGCGACCAGGGAGUGUGCUGAAAUAGGUAACGCCAACGCAUACUCAGUGCCUACAAUUCGCAUGUACGCGAAGUUACCAUUUUCACUUGACGAGAUCGCCUAUAAACAUGGGGUAAUAAAUCUAUGCCACGUGCGUCUGGUUCCCCAUUUCGAAUUCUGCAGCUGUCACCGAGAACGUUGAUUCCCGUUCCCAGAGUUGCCGCUGGACGACCAAGCACGGAAAUCUAUACGGCCUCUUCUAAGUGUCAUCCCAGACUGCCCAGGAAGCUGUGCUCGUCAACGCUCAUCGGCAGAAAGCAGCGCCUCGGGACGUCAAAUCCAAGAGGCAUUGCGUAUCGGUCGGAACAAAGCCAUCUGCCUCGAUCCUUUGCUACCGCAAGCUGGAGGUUGGUAAAAGGUAUCCCGCCUUAAAGUUUGAACUGUGCAACUUCGGGGCUGUCCGCGCCUCGCGAAUAGCUCUACAGUAUAUCCACCGUCGUAUCGAAGUGUCCUCUACUAUCAUUGUGCAACUACGGCAUGAACCCUCGGUGGGUUCGUGCAGUAGACAUGGGCGGCAGGAACUGCGUCAUGAUCUCUUCCUGACAUGGUUUUACUUCCUCCCCACUUUUGUUACAUGCCGUCAAGUUAACGCUGAAAAAUACAAAAUAAAAAGCUCGAUGAUGGU